CACAAGUCUUGACUUAAGUCUUAAUCUCUAUUGACUCGUCCAGAUAAUCACCCUCCUCACUCUCUCCUUUGCCGUUCACCCCUUUAGAAAACCAUUUCAACACUUCUCAAUGGCUUCUAGCUCAAUGUCUUCGCGUAACUCGGGUUCAUCUUGGACUGCCAAGCAGAACAAGGCGUUCGAGAAGGCUCUAGCCCUUUACGACAAGGACACCCCCGACCGCUGGUACAAUGUUGCCAGGGCCGUGGGGAAUAAGACUCCCGAGGAAGUUAAGAGGCACUAUGACCUUCUUGUGGCAGAUGUGAAGCAUAUCGAGUCCGGUCAAGUUCCUUUCCCGGAUUACAGGACUUCUGGUGGGAGUGGGAGUGGGAGUGGCCAUGGCAACAUCGGUCAUGAUGAGGAAAAAAGGAUGAGGAGCAUGAAGCUGAACUGAAGCAGCACAUGCAAGAAGAAGUCUCCAUAUAUGUACCCACUAGUUAAUGAAUAAAGAUUCAUCGCUAGCUCGAUCUUCUGAUCCGUUUUAAUUCGAUGAUGACGCUGUAAUGGUAUAGUACUAAGUACAGUUCUAGUAGUUGAUCGAAGAUAUCACAAACCCGUGGUUCUUCUAUGUUGUUAAUUAGAAUUCCCAGUUUCUUAUUUUGUUGCUUUAAAUGUAUGUAAUCUACGUACUCUGAAUUUCUAAGUGUAAGAUUCAGCUUAAGCUGCUAAUGGAAUCUUAUAAGUAUGUGUCAA